AUGGUGCUGCUCAAGGUUUUGAGGAAGACCAAGCAGAAGGAGAAGGAGCUUCGUCUCCUGAUGCUCGGCUUGGACAACGCAGGCAAGACGACGAUUGUGAAGCGAAUCAACGGGGAGGAUUGGAAUACGAUCUCACCGACACUCGGAUUCUCAAUCUGCACCUUCGCCUUCAACGGCUACAAACUGAACGUCUGGGACGUGGGCGGCCAGCGGACGAUUCGUUCCUUUUGGAGGAACUACUUCGAAGAAACGGACGGCGUCGUCUGGGUAGUGGACUCCGCAGAUCGCCCGCGCAUGGAGGUCUGCCGCGAGGAGCUGCACAAGCUGAUGAAGGAGGAGCGACUCGCGGGCGCAACGCUUCUCGUUUUCGCGAACAAGCAGGACGUUCCUUCUGCGAUGACUGCCGCAGAAAUCUCCGAGGUCCUCGAUUUGGAAUCGAUGAAGGAAAGUCGGCACUGGAAGAUUUUUCCCUGUAGUGCGAGAGAAGGCUCUGGGCUCCUGGAGGGAUUUUCUUGGCUUGUCGAUGACAUUUCUUCGCGCAUGUUUGUUCGAAGUUGA